AUGGCAGUAAGCUUUGCUCCCAGCACAGGCGAAGUAGAUGUUUCUAGUAUUGCCUCUAAUGUGAUUGCCCAUAGGGGUCAGCAGGAAGCCCCGUCCAAAACCGAGUUGCCGGUCUACGACCCCGCCUGCUACUUGUGCCCUGGAAAUAAGCGGGCGCAAGGUGACCAGAAUCCACAAUACAAGAACACGUUUAUAUUUUUGAAUGACUACAGUGCGGUCAAGGAGGAGCAGGCUGCGUACCAACAGGAAUCAGUCGAUGGCGCCGUAGACCUUUCCUCUGUAUUUCUCCAAGCCGAGUCGGUGACGGGAAGAUGUUACGUCCUUACAUUCUCCGCCAGCCACAAUCGCACACUUGCAGACCUCUCCCCAGCCGAGAUCAAGCCGAUUAUCGACGCUUGGACGGAUCUAUACGUCUCACACCUAUCGCCCACGUCUCCAUUAGCAGCAACGGCUUCUCUCAUGCCUAUAUCGCCAGGGUCACCAAUAUCUCAAAUAUCGCUACCAAAACACCAACUCCGCUACAUGCAGAUAUUCGAAAACAAAGGUUCCGCUAUGGGUUGUUCUAAUCCACACCCACACGGGCAGGUCUGGGCGCUCAGCUGUCUCCCUGAAGAGCUCACAAUAGAGCUUGCCCAAUUGCAGAAAUACCGCCACGAGAAUCACGGCAAGCACAUGCUCCAAGAUUAUGCCACCCUUGAGCUACAAAAACAGGAGCGCGUGGUAUUCGAAAACGAUCUGUUCCUGGUCCUCUGCCCAUGGUGGGCGACCUGGCCGUUUGAAACAAUGAUAGUCAGCAAAAAACAUAGGCGCGCCCUUGUUGAUCUGACUACAGCGGAAAAAUUCUUAUUAGCUGAGUCAAUUGCAGAAAUCACACGACGAUAUGAUAACUUGUUUGAGACGCAUUUCCCUUACAGCAUGGGUAUCCAUCAAGCGCCGCUAUGCGGUUCCGACGAGGAAAUUGAUGCGUCCCAUUUGCAUAUACAUUUCUAUCCUCCGUUGUUGAGAAGUGCGUCUGUGAGGAAGUUCUUAGUUGGCUACGAAAUGCUUGCGGAACCCCAACGGGACAUCACACCUGAGCAAGCAGCUGUUCGACUCAGGAGUUGUGCUGGGCCUCUGUAUCGCACUAGAUUAAAUGAUCAACCUAAGCAUUUUUAA